AGAGAGUGCGAGCGAGGCAGAAGUUCGUUCAGUCUUAUACCGUUUCAGUUUCACUUCGGCUCGGUCUGAAAUCGCGCGCGUCUAACUCGGUCUACCUCGCUUCCUGAAUUUUCACGCUGUGACGACUCAUCCGAUCCGACGUCGCAACGUCUACCCAUUUUCCCCGAAACGAGCGGCUUCAUCGUUUCGACGUUUCCUUUCGUGUCGCGGGAGGGCUUUCCAGGCGGGAGAAAGGAAUCGUUUGUUUCUUUAUUUCCCGCGACUGCCGCCGGUUGGAGAGAGAAAGGAACCAGCAGUUUCGUAGAUAAGAGGGAAUGGGAUACGGCACGGAAAUGGACGGCUGCGGACGUUUCAUGAAAUACUCCCUGUUCUUCACGAACUUCGUCAUCUUCAUUGGCGGGCUUGUCGUAACGGGUUUGGGCGUGUGGGCCCUGGUCGACAAAGUACCAUGGAUAGGCGAACUCGUGGGGAACGAUUUGUUAACCGGUGCAGUCUACGUUCUAUUGGUCGGUGGAAUCGUCGUGGCGUUUAUCGCUUUCUUCGGAUGCGUCGGUGCAUCGCGGGAAGUCAAGUGUAUGCUGCUGACAUACUUCAUAAUCGUGUUCCUGCUGUUUGUGACUAUGCUCAUCGGCGGCGUCCUGGGAUACGUUUUCCGCGAGAAAUUGCUGGGCACGGUCGACAGAGAGAUGAAAAGUACGCUCCGUCUUUACGAUCAUCGUAAAUCCAUUCGUGAUGCCUGGGACACCACGCAGUCGACGCUCCACUGUUGCGGCGUUAAUAGCUGGAGGGACUGGGGAAGCUACGGCCUUAACGUGCCAGAGAGCUGCUGUCGAGAAAUUUCACCUGGCCAGCGAUUCCACUGCAACGCCGGCCCGGACACGGUAAAUCCUUCCAACGCUUGGGUGGAGGGUUGCAUCAAUGGAACGCGAAUCUACAUGCAGCAACAUGCAGCGAUUAUGGGUGGUGCUGGUAUUGCAGUCGCAUGUCUCAUGUUCUUCGGAAUGAUAUUUUCCUGCGCGCUCUUCAAAAUGAUCGAAUGACAGCAGGACAGCGCUAUAGUCUAAGGCUGUUCCAGUAAAACGGAACGAGGAAGAGGUGAACCUCCGAAAACUUCAGAGGAUUCGCGCAACUUUACCAAUCAAUAAAAUUACUUGUCGCCAUAAACGCAGUUGAUUAUAACGUGAUAAUCAAAAGAACGAAUCUCCAUCCAAUUGUACAGGUCUCGCCGAUUUGUUACACAUAUAUAGCAUUACGCAUCAUGAUUACCAUUACUCUUUACAUUUCUAAUGUAAUUUAUAUGUCUAAGAUAUUUUCAUUCAGUGUUUCAUAUAUGUAUAUCGUUAGUAUGCUAGUGCUUCAUACAUGUACUUUAUAUUUUGUGCCGUAAAUAAAUAUACGAUAUGUAUAUAAUACUGUG